GAGGGUCACACUGUGUGAGACUAAUAAGGACAGAGCUGCAUCCCCCUCUACCACUCUUUGGAGGCUCACUCUUGCAACUCCUCGGCAAUACAGCAGCUCUGCACGGGCAUUUUUAGUGCUUCUGGGGGACGUACUAAAAUAAAAAUUAAAGAUUUGUAACUGAUUGUUCACAUGUGUCCAGGGGGAGAUGAAGUACGUUGGAUCCUACAUAGCUUGGCUUUGUAUGGCACUCUGCCGCCUCCUUCCUGUUUCUACUUCUGUGGCUGUCAGUGACCAGACAGGUGCUGUGUGUCCUUUAAUGAGUACAGUUGCCCGUCAUCUCAAACACAUCAACAGAGACAGUCUUGGUGUUUCAGGGUUCGAUCUGGCAGAAAGCUUUUCUUUGAGGCAAACAUCUUGCGGAGGGGAAAAAAACUGUUUUAAACUGGGAAGCGCACCUCUUGUCAGAGACACAAAGCAAGUAUUUCCAAAUGGGCUUCCUGAGGAAUAUUCUCUAGUUGCUACGUUCCGUGUACGACGAAAUACCAAGAAAGAGCGUUGGUAUAUAUGGCAAGUUUUAAAUCAGUAUGAUACACCUGAGAUCUCUGUCCUUCUGGAUGGUACAAAAAAGGUUGUGGAGUAUAUGACCAAAUCUGCUCAGGGAAAUAUACUGCACUAUACUUUUAAGAGUCGAGAAAUUUAUCCAUUGUUUGAUCGGCAGUGGCAUAAGCUUGGUAUUAGCGUGCAGUCGGGGAUCAUUUCCCUCUAUUUGGAUUGUAAUUUAAUUGAGAGAAAGCAGACUGUUGAAAAAUUCACCAUUGACUUGCAGGGAAGGACUCUGAUUGCUUCUCGCGCUGGGGAUGAUAAGCCUGUAGAUAUUGAACUUCAUCGCAUAACAGUUUAUUGUAAUCCAAAACUUGCAAGGGAAGAUACAUGUUGUGAAAUAUCUGCAGACCUGUGCCCGCAUGAGGAGAAGUUACUUACUGCAACUUCAUCACCAGUGACUGUUCAUGCCAGCAAAAUAUACACACUUCCAGGAAUGCCGCAAGAAUCUAAAGAGAGGUGCCACUGCUUUCCAAAUAAAGGAGAAGCAGGAUUGCCCGGAGUAGCUGGUUUGCCAGGCCAGAAAGGAAAUAAAGGUGAAAAGGGUGAAAUGGGUGCUAAAGGACAGGAUGGUGUUGCUGGUCUUCCUGGCGAAAAGGGGGAAGCUGGCUUAGUAGGUGCUCCUGGCAUACCUGGUCUUACUGGUUCCAAGGGUGAACGUGGCUUUGUGGGUAGCAGAGGUGAAGAAGGUGAAAAGGGUGAAAAAGGAGAUAAAGGAGAACCAGGACCAGAAGGCAUUCAUGGAAGAGAGGGACUAAAAGGUGACCCUGGUAGUCCUGGUGUGCCUGGUGCUAAAGGAGAAAAGGGAGAUGCAGGACCUCCGGGACCAACUGCCUUGAGUGGUUUGCCAGGACUGGAGGGUCCCCAAGGUCCACCUGGCAAAGAAGGUCAAAGGGGAAGACGAGGCAAACCAGGCCUCCCAGGAAAACCAGGGCCACCAGGACCUCCUGGUCCUUCUGGACUAAAAGGAAUUCUGGAUUCAUUGAACAAGCACUAUAAUGAGAGUGAUACAAGACUACUGGAAUUACUUGGGACCCCUGGACCUAAAGGCCAGAAGGGAGACACUGGUCAAAAAGGAGAACUGGGAAUAACUGGCUCAAAAGGAGAAAAGGGAGAGCCUUCUGAAAAAGGGGAAAAAGGAGAUCCAGGAGAAGCUGGAAUGGAGGGAUCAAAAGGAGAUAAGGGUGAAACAGGAGACCCUGGACCACCUGGUCUUAUUGGAAAUCCAGGAUCAAAGGGACUGCAAGGACCUCCGGGACCUGUUGGACCCAGGGGACUGCCAGGAGAAGUUGGAUUACCAGGAGAGCACGGGGUACCAGGAAACCCGGGAGUUAAAGGAGAGAAGGGGGACCCUGGUGGGAUUAUGGGACCACCUGGACAUCCAGGUCCAAAGGGUGAUGUGGGGCCUCCUGGACCAAGUCUGCCUGGAACACCAGGUCCCACUGGUAUUCCUGGAAACCCAGGUCCACGGGGACCAAAGGGAGAAAGAGGGCUACCUGGUGUACAAGGCGCACCUGGGGAGAUGGGGCCCCCUGGAAUAGGCAUUCAGGGAUCACCAGGUCCCAUGGGUCCAACAGGAUCAGCAGGUGUGCAGGGCCCUAGGGGACCCCCAGGAUUACCAGGAACACCAGGUACCCCUGGUAUUAAUGGCACUCCAGGAAGAGAUGGAAAGCCAGGACUGCCAGGUCCUCCAGGUGAUCCUAUUGCACUGCCACUUGUGGGAGACAUGGGUGCUAUACUAAAGGGUGAUCCUGGUACGAGAGGUCCUCCAGGCAUCCCUGGUAGAGAAGGGCCAAAGGGGAGCAAAGGUGAACGUGGAUUUCCUGGGCUGACUGGAGAGAAGGGCGAUGAGGGCCUUCAAGGUGCUCCUGGACUGCCAGGCAUGCCAGGACCCAGUGGACCAUCUGGAGUCACAGGACGACCUGGACAUCCUGGUCCGGCAGGGUCAAAAGGCGAAAAGGGUAGUGAAGGUUCGCCUGGGAAACCUGGACCACCUGGGCCUCCGGGUAUGCCUUACAAUGAAAGAAAUGGAAUGAGCAGCCUAUAUAAACUCCAGGGAGGCGCAAGUGUUGCUAGUUAUCCAGGUCCACCAGGACCUCCAGGUCCAAAAGGAGAUCCCGGCAGAGUGGGAGACCCAGGAGCAAUGGGAUUACCAGGACUGGAAGGACUCCCAGGUGAAAAGGGUGACCGUGGACCAGCUGGCACACCAGGAGUAGCAGGGGCACCGGGAAAGCCAGGAUCUCCCGGGUCCCCAGGGAUGCCGGGGGAACCCGGUGAAAGAGGACCGAUAGGAGAUAUAGGCUUCCCUGGGCCAGAAGGGCCACAAGGAAAACCAGGAAUCAAUGGAAAAGAUGGAUUGCCAGGUCCUCCGGGUGCUGUGGGGAGACCAGGAGACCGAGGACCCAAAGGAGAACGUGGAGAUCAGGGUAUUCCAGGGGACAAAGGUCCACAAGGCGAACGAGGGAAACCUGGUCCAUCAGGAGAAAAGGGGGAUAUGGGUCCUACUGGGCCACCAGGAGACAGAGGCUAUCCAGGAUCACCGGGUCAUCAAGGUCCCCCAGGUUCACCAGGCCCCCCAGGAUUUCCAGCUGAUACAGUUCCACUUGAAGAAAUAAAAAAAUAUAUCAGACAAGAGGUUCUUAAGGUUUUUGAAGAAAGGAUGGCUCAGUUUGCAUCCCAGCUGAAGCUGCCUGCUGCAAUGCUUGCCUCCCAAGCUCAUGGAAAACCAGGGCCCCCAGGAAAAGACGGGUUACCAGGGCCACCAGGAAAGGAUGGUUUGCCAGGGCCCCCAGGAGAACGUGGAAUUCAAGGUUAUAGAGGACAGAAAGGGGAGAGAGGCGAGCCUGGAAUUGGACUGCCUGGUAACCCUGGACCACCCGGCCCUGCAGCUGCUGGCCUGCCGGGCCCCCCAGGAACACCAGGCUCCCCCGGACCGCAGGGGCCACCCGGACCCAACGGGAGGUGCAACCCAGCAGAUUGCUAUUACCACGUCUCACAGACUCGGUCACACGCCAGCAGGAAAUAAAACCCCUCUGCCCCAGACACUUGGGUUCACAGUCACUUUUCACUCCUCUCAACAAGUUAAUUUAACCUUUGAAAUACUUGGUGCAUUUUUCUUUCCCUCGACACUGCAUGGUAUAUAGAUAAUUUAUAAGGCACGGAACUGAGCCUUUCUCUAUGUUAUUUGCAGUGUCGUAAUUAUGAAAUGAUGACAUAUAUUUUCCAGAGUGCAUUCCAUGUGUUAAGUUUCUCAUAUUUAUUUUGCUUAGAGGAGAAAAUAGGCCCAAAUAAUUUUCAUAAGCUUCUUUCUUCAAACAAAAUAUUUUAUUAUAACUUAAGACAGUUUCUAUGCCUCGGUAUGUAAGCUGGCUUUAUUUUUCUUGCUGGUGGUGAAGUUUAAAUGGAAAAAAUGAAAUGUGUUUCUGAAGUUUUUAAGCAUACCUGUUCAUGACGAAUGCAGGAUGUGAGCUGGAGCGCCGGGAACUCUGUUUAGACUAAACGUUCACGUCCCUGGAGGAGGCUCCAGCACACCACCUGAGCCGGGUCUGUGUCACGCAUCACGAACGCUACCCACCAUUUCAGUCACUUCCUACAUGUCAAAGAAGGAAACGAAGAAGCAUUUAUGAUCUCUCUAAUCUCAUCCAACAUUUAGCUUCAGACUGACUGGAAAAAUCACCAGCAGCCCUGAGAAGCGUCUCUGCUGACUGGACGUUGUCCCUACUAAGGGUUUGUAUGUUUGUUUAGUCAUGGUUACAUAUACUCCAGAUAUUAAACUGCUAGGAGGUGGUGUUGAUGUUCCCAGCUGAGAACUGGCUCUAACUGUUACGUGGCUGGCUCUAACCAUUACAUGGACUUAGUAAAUGUGGUAUCACUGCCUGUAAUCAAGCUACUCUGCCAUUACGUCUGCUUAGAGCAAAGAUGACCCCUUGUUUAAAGCAGAGGGUUGUGGGCACACAGUGAGACAGUCAAAGAAGGAACUUCACAAGCCUCUAAUCUUACUGAUGGCACAGUUUUCCUCUUCCUUCUGCAAUAAUCAUGUGCCAAAAUAAGCUUGAGAAGAACAUGGAAACAGUAGAAAGCUAAACUCACAGGUCCUAAUAACUGGUUGCAAAAAAAUGACUUGAGUUCAAGAGAAAUUCAGAAAAAAAUGCAGUCUUCCUUGGAAAGGUGCACUACAGAGAGCACGACUGCAUGCGUGCAGUUUGCAGAUAUUCGGUAAAUCUCACAGAACCAGACACUGUCAGUGAAGAACAAACAAACUGUAAAUCCUAUAGAGCUCAAAGGGUUGAGCAAAAGACAAGAUGGAGAAAAUCGAUCACACACAGGCUGAUUCUGAAAAGGAGGGAGGAGGGCUGGCCAAAGUUUCACUCCUGGUUAUUGGGAAGCAGUUGAUUCUAGAUUAGUUCUACAGAAUUUGCUACAGCGCAAUAGGAAGUGAAGGUGCUAUCGAAAGAACAUGGACAGCUGUAACCCACAACCUCAGAACAGAACCGCUAUUACAAAAGCGCUGCCGAGGGCUCUUGCCCUGUCGUUUGGAAGCCAGUCAUCCUCUCGUCAGGCAGGGAAGUGGUUUUGGUGACCUCGUGCCUGAGCAGUACGGAGCCGCCAGGGGAGCGUACCCAGACUGGAACGCUGGGGUUCCAGAGAAGCUGUUGAGGGACAUGAAUCUGCUGAAUUCUGGGCUUUGCUUAAAAAAAUGACUGGGGGGAGUCUUAAAAAAAAAGAAGAAACACAUUGGCAUUUGUUCUGAAUAGAGUUGCUAGCACUCGCGCCUGGACCUGAGGAGCAAGAUGGGUGCAAGAGGUGACAGAGCUAGCCCAGGCAGCGGGGAGGGCAGGCAAGCCUCCAGGCACGCGUGUGGAAAGGGAAAGCACACCCACCUCACAUGGUGAUCAGGUGUUCGGAGGGAUGGCGGCGCUUGCCACAAGAAAGAUGUUUAAAUGUUAAAAAAAGAUGUUAAACACAGGGGUCUGAGGUUGAGAGUAAACAGGGGCAGGAGAGGGCAGCAGGAAGAAGGACAGCAGAAAACGUGUUGUACCGUGCAGCCAUCUCCUGAAGGGAAUGUGCAAGCUGUAGCGCGCACUGCGGCUGGGGCCCCUUGGCGAGGUCAGGAUGCUUUGUCCAUCCCUCGUGAGGAUGGGGACGGAGAGCUCAAAGCCCACAGGUGAACCGCAGUCCUCAUGCCUCAUUUUCUGCUCACCCUUCGCUGUCCCUCGGGAGGCAAUGACUGCCCCUUCCCUAGGCCAGCACAUUCUGCGAGUGGUGGGCACCCAUCCCGCUGGGGCAAACGUGCCUUUGGAGCAAGUGGUCCUGCCCGUGCUUAGCUCAAAGCGCGCCGCGCUCGCUCCAGAUCUCCUGUGCCCUUGCAGCGCGUUGCGGUGUGCUCUGUGACGGUGACCACCUUCGGAUCUGGCCCUCAGGUGUGUGGUGCCGCGGCUGGGCCAACGCUGCGAACGGGUGAGGCGGCUCAAAAGCGACUUGUCUGUCCUGGAGCACCUGCGGCUGCCCGGGCCACGGUCUGCCAGCCCGGCAAGGCAAGGCAGGGGCCCUGCACCAACGUAUACAUCGGUGUCUAUACACCGGCAGGGGAACAGGCCCCCUACUCUUUUCCAUUCAGUCAACUGAACUGCUGGUCAGGUAUCUUGCAUGAACAUUUUUUCAUCGAUUUCUUUUUACUUCUCUAGUAAUUCCAAUAUAUGUAAAAAUCUAUAAUUUUUUUUUUUUUUUUUUUUUUUUUUUUACUUCAUAAGUUAAUUUUAAACUUCGUUUUCUGUGAUAAUAUCAAAAAGGGUGCUGUCUUGUAAGGAGUAUCCACGUGACAGAAGUUUCGACGCGGCCCCGUCCUGGAAGGCUGUGCACGGGCUGUUGCGCCGCGUCAGUGGUAUGUGUAUAUUUUGGGGCUUUUAGCUAGCUGGAACCGAGCGUCUGUUACUUGCCAGAUGCAGUUGCUGUAUGUUAAUUUACUUGAACUUGUUAGAAAGCAGAACACUUUUUAUAUUUGAAGAAGUUUUAUUUUUUCAGCUAUGUUUCCUACAGAUGCCUUUUUCUUUUUAUAGGCUCAAAUCUAAAGGUCUUUUUAAAAUGUGUUUGAACACUUUCAAUUGAUUUGCAGGUAACUUUGGUAAUUAUCUUGUUGCAUUAUUUUUUAUUUUGCUAAAAGCCCGCUUUAAUUUUCUCACAUGAGAAAACAGGUAUUUUUUUCAUAUGGGCUAUCUCGAUACCUUUUUAAAGAUGCCGUGUUCUUCACUGGGAUAGAACAGCAUUAAUCUCAGCUUACAUUUACCAUUUACUUCACGCUGGUUUUCUCCUACUCUAUAUUUUUACAAUUGAAAGCAAAAUGUAGCUGGAAACAUGCUUCUGCAUGGUUUUCCUAUUUGCCUCCUGAAAUUUCUUUAUGGUUUCAGACUGAUGUUGUCUUAGUUGUUGGGAAGAGGAGGGCACAGGGGUGCUAGUCUGUUUUGCAAUUUGCUUUAUCAGUUUUGUAUCUGUUUUGAACAGUCUGUGGUGUAGUAAGCAUUGCAAGGAAUUAAACAAGGAGGUUUAUUUUUUCCAGUUGCAUAAGGUCUUUUUCUGAUUUGGGAAUGUUUACAUACAACAGGGCUUCGAACUGAAAUAUCUUCGACAAAGUGUUUUAAACCUUUCUUAAAAGCUCUCUAAACUUUGUUCUAGUUCAGGAUCAGACUAUUGUAUUUAAUGGCGAGAUUGCUUUAUCAGCUAUUAAGGAUGUGUUGGGAUUUUCUUCAAAUAGUUACGUACAGAACUACUCAGUUUGUCUAAAGUAAUAAACUUGUAAGAGGGAAACGUUUCUGAUGCUGCAGCGUACCUCCUUUUGUCCACACGGUGGGGUUCAAAACACAUUUCAGUACAAAGGUUAAAGCCCAGGCUUAAAUUUGUAAGAAAUGACCCGGUGCUGCGUAGACUCACGGCAGUGUCUCUGAUUUUGUUGUUGAGCCAGAUGGUUUUGGUUUGGUUUUGUUUUUACUGAAAUCCAUUUAGUUUCGCAUGGUAGUAUUUGCAGAAAUACUGCUUUUCUUGGGUAAUUAUUUUCAGGUGAUAUUGAUUAGAUUUUGUUUGUGAUUUUUAUAUACACGUUACAGAAGAACAUGCAGUAGUGGGACAUCCCGCUUUUAGGCAUCGUUUAUGUCCAUUGUAGUGAUGUUUGUCUCUCGGGGAGCAGGGAGUCUGCUACGGUUAAUAAAAAUCACAACAGCAUACUCUGUAUGACCGAGUAGCAGUGCAGCCUAGUAACGUUUUAAGAACCAAUAGUUCUGUCUUAAACUGGAUUUGGUUUCAGUGCCAGAAGAGCGCUAUGAUAUGAAAACAGGAUUGACUGUAUCAUCCAUCCUUCGUGCUUUAUGAUUGUGGCUUAUGACAAAUGUUAGAUAUGCACAGCUUUAUUAAAUAAGCGUAUUUUUUAAAUUAAUGGAUAAUCACACAAAAUAUUUUGGCGCUGCUUGUUUUUCACAAGGGUAAAACACUAUUUUUCUUGUCAGCGUACACUCAAUUUUUUUUCUUCUUUUUCUGUAAUGUUUACAUGAAAGUCUUGUAAAAACCCCAUGGACUAAACUAGUGUUUUAUAAACUUGUUUUCUCCAAAUAUACUAAGUAAAGCCAGCCCCUAAGCUUACAUUUUGCCGAUGCAGUAGAACCACUGCUCUAAUGUGACAUGUUAGAACAUGAGAAGUAUCUCAGGAAUCAAAAAAUUUUUGAUUUGCGUUUUUUUAUAUCGUGUUUUGUUAGAUUUUGGAUGUGCCAAGACACACAAUUUUUCUGUGAAAUCUGUAAUGCCCACUACAACUAGACUGUACUGGAUGGGUGCUUAAAUCCAUCUCCAUGCACUUAAGUGGGUGUAGGCCACAGAGAACAAUUUUAACCGUGACCUUGCCUUGGUGGGUGUUUAAGUGGAAAACUCAAGCUUCAUGAAACCUUAAAGAAAUGUUAAUUGCUAACAAAUGUUACAGAUUCUAGACCAAAAUAAGUUUAUAGCUAAAAAGCAUGUAGUCUACAUGUCUUUUAGCAGUUUUAUCUCCGAGUCUGCUGUUCUAUAAACACAAAUGCUUUUAAUUAUUUACUGCAGUUUCAAUGUAAAUAUAUUCUGUCUCCAGUCAGUAUAUUUGAAGGAUUUUCAAUGACAUACCUUAUUUUAUUGUUUUCUUUCGUUUCUGAAUGAUACGCAGCUGUCACUGAAUGAAUUACAGUACGGCUUCUUCAAUAUAUUUUUGGUUUGCAACAUUUAAGGUUCGGUUCAAUGGAAAUGUAUUAAGUGGAUAGAAAAUUGCUUUUUGUGUUUAUGAAAUAGGAUUCCAGAUGGAAAUGUUUCACAUUCUUUCUGUUUGUGGCGCUGUCAGAGAUGACAACCUUUCCUUCCAUGUCAAAUCAUGUGAGGGAGGAUGCAAUUGCAAAUGAGAGAGAGGAGAGGCACAAAGCCAUGGCAGCGAGCCCUGGGGAGUGUUUGGCACCGGGCUGCCAUCCUGGGGCGGCUGAAUUCGGGGGAAGGCGUUGACCACACCAGCGUCAGGGUUGUGCUUCCUGCAGGCUGGUGAAACUUAGGGCUCUACAGUCUGGAGGGGAGAAAAGAAGUCAAAAACCUUGUCCUUAAUCUAUCUAUCUAUAUAUAUAAUAUUUAUGGAAGUUAUUGUAUUCUCUGAAUCAGAUGCAGGUAACUUUCCCACCUGAAUAUGAGGUAAUCACUUUUAUUCAAGAAACAAUUUACUGAACUAUUUCACUUCGGGUAACUAGGUACUUUCAUUGUUCUCUUGCUGCCUAACUCUCCCAGGAGAAAAAAAAAAAAAGAGAACUCUCAUGUCAAUGGCAUUUUAAAGGUUGUUAGGUGAUCACUUGAUCAUCUUUCUUCAAAUUUUAUAGUGGCUUCAGCAAGCUUGCUUCAUGUAUUGUCUAAAGCUGCCACAGUUUUUACUAGUCCCUUUGAAUGCAUGUGCCACAGGCAAAACAGAACAGUAAAACAAUGGUUUGAGGGAAGAGGAAUAAAACUGAAGCUGUAACAAAGCAGAUGGGAGGAACAUGGCCUGCAAAACUGAGACCUUUCUGCUUUACCUCUGGCCCAUGAGCAGAAGAGAUGCAGUGACUGUAUUUUAAGUAUAAAGGAAGCAGAGGCUACGCGGCCAAAUAGUAAUACAGUGAUGAGCAAGUCAAGCAAACACACUUCACCCAAUGAUCUGAGCAAUUCAAAAACAUUUGCAAAAAUGCGGCGUGUACAUGAAGCAUUUGUACAUGAAGCGCAACUGUCGUGCUCUGCUAGGAGGAACCAACACUGCUGUCUCAGAAACUGAGGUUUCUUGUUCACUCGGUCUUUCAGGUAACCUUGAAAGUACCAUGUCUUGACACUUUCCCCUUUUGAAGGAAGAAGAAAUUUGGUGUAGAUUGGUGUUUGGCUCUGGGUAAAAUCUAGCGUAACCCUCCCUAGCCUUGCUUUCUUGCCUCAUUUAGGACUUCCAAAUUGUGCUGUAGAGCUCCUUUGGCUACAAAGACACUUUGGCCUUUGUGAAACAUUCACAAGAGGGGUUUUUGGCAGCAGUUCAUACUAGAUUGCUUGAACCCAGUGAUGGCUGUGAUGAAAAGCUUAUAUAUAAACUCUCUCUAUAGAUGUAAUGCAUAGAUGUAGAACAUAUGUAUUUUUCUUACUGCAGUAUUCAGCAGCAGUGUUACUAAUACUUAUUACUAGCCUAGUAGGGAAAGCACUGCAGUCACCAUUUUAAAAAAUCAGAUCGGAUUGUGUCGCUCAGUGUACUGAGGGCGCUGGGGGAGGUGCUCACCAAGCCGCUCUCCAUCAUUUGUCAGCAGUCCUGGCUACCUGGGGAGGUCCCAGUUGACUGGAAGUUGGCAAAUGCGCCGCCCGUCUACAAGAAGGACCAGAAGGAAGAUCCAGGGAACUACAGGUCUGUCAGCCUGGCCUUGGUGCCAGGGCAGGUUAUGGAGCAGAUCACCUGGAGUGUCGUCACAUGGCACAUCCAAGACAGCCAGGUGACCAGCCCCAGCCAGCAGGGGUUUGUGAGAGGCAGGUCCUGCCUGACUCACCUGAUCUCCUUCUAUGACAAGGUGACCCACCUAGAGGAUGGGAAAGGCUGUUGGUGUUGUCUACCUGGACCUUAGCAAAGCCUUUGACACCAUCACCCACAGCAUUUACCUGGAGAAACUGGUGCUCAAGGCUUGGAUGGGUGUGCUCUUUGCUGGGUAAGAAGCUGGCUGGCUGGCCAAGCCCAGAGUAGUGGUGGAGUUACAUCCAGAUGGCGGCUGGUCACAAGUGGUGUUCCCCAGGGCUCAGCGUGGGGCCAGCUCUGUUCAGUAUCUUUAUCAAUGAGCUGGUGAAGUCUGGAGCACAAAUGUUAUGAGGAGCGGCUGAGGGAACUGGGGUCGUUUAGCCUGGAGGAGAUUCAAAGGGGUCUUCAUUGCUCUCCACAGCUACCUGACAGGAGGCUGUAGGCAGGUGGGUGUCAGUCUCUUCUCCCAGGUAGCAAGCAAUCGGGCAAGAGGAAAUGGCCUCAAGUUGCGUCGGGGGAUUUUUAGGUUGGAUAUUAGGAAAAAUCUCUUGACUGAAAGGGCUGUCAAGCACUGGAAGAGGCUGCCCAGGGAAGCCAUCCGUGAUAGCUUCCCAUGCCCAGUUGAGUCACCUUCCCUGGAGGUAUUUAAAAGACGUGUAGGUGUGGUGCUUAGGGACAUGGUUCAGUGGUGGAGUUGGCAGUGUUAGGUUAGCAGUUGGACUCGGUGAUCUUAAGUCUUUUCCAACCUAAACGAUUCUAUGAACUGGUUGUCGUUUUGAGGACAGUUAUUAAAACAUUUUUCUCUUGGUCCUGCCUAUGCCUAAGUAACUGAGGAGCUAAAACAUGUAUUUAUCAUGGUGCAAUUAAAACUCCAGAACUAGGAGUGGUGACAGAGAUCCUGAUGGGUAAAAGUGAUUUUUAUUCAAAAAUCUUUUCAAUAAAUAGUCUUUUAUUAAAAAAAAAAAUCUUAUAGCAUUUUAUGAUGUUGAACCAGAAAGAGAUGAGAACAAGAUUUACUUGGGACUUCACUGGGAUUCCAGGAGCAUCUGGUCAGAAUGGGCGGCACGCUGCCCAUGGGUUGUGAAGCCUCUCAGUCUCUUUGCUUUGUGCCUUCUAAAUAUAUUUAUUUAAACUAGCACUAUUUUUUUCUGUAUCACCAUAGUUGAUACACCUUCCUUUUAAAUUCAUAAUCCUGUCUUUAUUUUCCAAAUCUUCACUUGAAUGUGUUGUUGCUAAAAACGUCAUUCUUGAUAUUUUUUGGUGUAUGGUCUGCACUUCUUCAGAUAAAAUUUUUUCCACUCUUGCACAAGAUUUGGAAUUGGUAAAUACUUAGAUUAACCAAUAUGUCCCAUAAUGACUUACAAUGAGCCUGAGGAUUUCUUCUUCGGUUCUGUAUUUUAAGUUAAAAGUCUCAAGUCAGCUUGAUGGCAGAAGAUCUGUCACAAUUUAAACUAUCCACUUAUAUAGAUUCUGCAUUGAAUUGACCCUCAGUGUUGAAUUUGUUUGAUUGUAAUAAUUCUUAUUUGGUUUUUACAUAUGAAUGUUUUCUCUCCUACAUGAGUUCCUUUCCAUUGUGAAACUUUAUGCAUUUUUCAGACUGUAUUUUUUAAAGCACUUCACAUUUGUAUUUGAACGUCGGGGGGGGUUUGCUUCUUUUGAUUCAUUACGUUUAUGCAUUACCUAUGGAAAAUAAUAUUUUCUUUCUGUUAUCAGGGUUUUUUUCUUUUUAACACUUUUACACACUUUAUAGUCAAAAUAAAAGUUUGCUGGUGAAACUACA